GUGACUAGCUUCAAUGGAUCUUUUUGUUUAGUCGCUGCUCUCAGAUAGACGUGGCAGAUAAAAGUACUGCUUCUUAACAAAUGCACCAACGAUCUAUGAUCUAAGAAUCUUUUGGUCCUCAAGGGAGAAUACUAAGUUUAUUCAUAACUGGAGGACAAUUUGAAUGGCGAUAAUUGUGAAAUGGCAUCAAGCGCCUCCAUCUUCUCCGAUCUUUUCAAGGAAGCUUUUUGUGGCAACUGUCGUUCUUAUCAUCUUCAUCGUUUACGUGUCCAACUUGGGAAAGAUGAUGAGCGUGACAAAUGACGAUGACAAAGAGUACAUAGAGUACAUAACAGGAAUGGGAAAAACAGAAAAAUUCAGUACCACGCCAAACACCUGUCAACCAAAAGAACACGUGCUUUUCUUGAAAACCCACAAGACAGGCAGCAGUACAAUCACAAACAUACUCAACAGAUAUGGAGACUUUCACAACUUGACUUUCGCUCUUCCCCAAGAUGGUUUCUUUAAUUUCUUCUGGCCUCUGUCGUUCGAAAGUACUUUUAUAGCGGAUCUUAAAGGUAAAAGACCGAAUAUUUUCUCCAAUCACGCGAGAUGGAACAGGAAAUCGAUGACUGAGCUGAUGAGACCGAAUGCAGUUCUUAUUACCAUCCUUCGAAAUCCUGUCUCGCAGUUGGAAUCAACGUUUUCUUACAUGGAAUUUGCUCAGUUGCUUAGAAUCAAAGAUUCAAAAAAUUCCUUAGCGACUUUUUUUGUCGAUCCUAUCAAUACCUUGGCAAAACUCUCAGAUCUUUCAGAAUCUGGAUCUGUCUUUCCAUAUCUAAACUUGCUGAAAAAUGGACAAUUUUUUGACUUGGGAUUGGAAAAAGAGCAAUAUUUUACCGAUGAAAAGAUAAAAGAGGCGUUAAAUGAAAUCGAUGGAAGUUUUCACCUCGUCCUCCUGAUGGAGUAUUUUGACGAGUCACUCAUUUUACUCGCCCGAGAGCUCUGUUGGGAUAUUCGAGAUGUUGUGUAUUUUAGGCUCAACCAACGGAAAUCCUCCGACGCUAAUACAAACCUUUCCGAAGAACUUGUGCAGAAGAUUCGGCGGUGGAACAGAGCUGAUGUAUUACUUUAUAAUUAUUUUAACAGAACGUUUUGGAACAAAAUUGAAAAGCUCGGGAAUAUGUUUUGGAUUGACGUUCAUCGCUUGAGAAAUUACAACAAGAUGUUGGAGGAAGAGUGUUUACUCCCUGGGGAACAUUUUGGAAAGGCGUACGCCAAGCAGUCGAAGUUUAUCCAGGGGUACGCUUUGAAGGAGAAUAUCACUCCUCAAUUGAGGCUUCUUUGUGAAAAAAUGAUAACCAAUGAGAUUGACUAUAUGGAAUAUUUAAGAAAAAAAGCAUUAAAUUAGAACUUACUGCAGCUGAUCACGAUGCGUUCCCUAUUUUUCUUAUAUCUGGGUAGCAUUGAAAAAGAGUCCGGUAAAGAAAAGUACUGACAUUUUAUUAUUUGAACAUACGACUAAAUAGGGUCGUUAUUUCGUACCCACAGUCGUUUCUUGCCCAGUCGUAUCUAACCCAGCUGGUUACGAUUCGUAUGCAGGUACGGUGGGGGAGUAUAACAAGGUGAUUUGGUUUUAUCAACUGAGUUAAUAAUGUUAAUCAGCCACCGUAAAUAGCUUUAAGCUGAUGUUUCAAGCGAUUCAUAUCCAGUCAGUUGAAUCGCUUGGUAUCCAUUAAGUAUUUUACAGCAAGAUUAGGUUAGACUAAAUGAAUAAACGAAAAUAAAUGAAUUUAUAAUUUCA